AUGUUCUUCGUAAGGCAGCAAGAGGAGAAUGUUGAGCUAGUCACAGUAUUAGCGUGGUUCAUCUGGGGCAGAAGAAACAAAUGCCAUUUUAACGAGCCAAGCUUGCCACCUGAGAAGCUUUAUGAAGCAGCAGCAGCUUUACUAGCAGAAUUUCAAGGAAGAACUGAAGCGAAACCAGGGAGGAAAAAAAUACAACCUCAGCGCUGGACACCACCUGAACAGGGCGUUUACAAGGCGAACUACGACGGAGCAUAUUUUGUGGAAGAGGAAAAGGUUGGGAUUGGAGUUGUGAUAAGAAACGAGUUGGGCCAGGUAAUGGGCUCACUAGCAAAAAAAAUUGAAAUGCCUUCAACAGUGGAAGUUCUUGAGGCAUUGGCUGCACGAAGAGCAAUGAUUUUUAUGGAGGAGCUAGGCUUGAGACAGGCCAUUUUUGAAGGAGAUUCGGAACUCGUUGUCAAAGCCUUAGUGGGUGAUGUUUCAGUCCGGUCCAGCAUUGGACAUAUUGUAAAAGACUGCAAGUCUUUAAUGGGUUUGUUUCAAACCUGCACUUUCUCUCAUGUUAGACGGCAGAGCAAUGGUGCAGCUCAUGCUUUAGCUCGGAGAGCAAGAAAUUCUUCCCCAUUAUCGGUUUGGAUGGAAUCUGUUCCACCGGACAUUUCCUACUUAGUUUAUGUUAAUGUAACUUCUUAA